AUGUCCGGCAAAGUUCCAGCAGAGCGCAUGGCCGAUCUGCGGCGCGGCUCUAAGCUACCGUACGAGGUGGACCCAGGGAAGCGCCACCACGACAUGGCGUACUGGCAGUCCAGCAUCAACCAGCUCCAUUCCCAAAUGACCAUGCUUCAGCAUCGACUAGCUGUCGCUAUUCAAGACCUUCGUGAUUUCGAGGAAGCGACCGCCGAGGUAUCCGAGCGAUCGAGUCGUGAACCGAAAAGCUGA